CAUCAACUGGUCUCUCCCACGGCCACGGCUGCUGGCCGCACCCAUAUUAUACUCGCCGUGUGGCGUGUGCACAUCCACGGGCCACAGCGGCUACGUACAAAGCCAGGACCCCUGACCUUCCAGCUAUAUAUAUAUAUUUGCUCUCCAACCAACGCUUCCAUCAAUUCAACGGCGUCCUCUUGGAGACUCUUAAACCCUCUCCCGUGGACAGCCGGCCUUCUUCUCUCAACAGCCGCUCGCCCGCCGGAGAUAUACGAUCAUGGGAGAAGUCGCGGCGGAGCUGCUGUACAGCAUGGCGCCGAUGGUUCUGUGCACCGCCGGCGGCGUGGAGGCCGGCGGCGGCAGCUGCGGGCCCCUGCUCGCGGAGCUCAGGCAACUGUGGGGGGAGAUAGGGAAGAGCCGGGAGGAGAAGGAGCGGAUGGUGCACGAGCUGGAGGCGGAGUGCAUGCGUGUGUACCGCCGCAAGGUCGACGAGGCCACCGGGGAGCGCGCGCUGCUGCACCAGACGCUCGCCGCCAGCGAGGCCGAGAUCGCCGCCCUCACCGCUGCCCUCGGCGCCGACAACACCACCCAGUUCAAGGUGAACAAAUGGACCGUGUCACUGAACGAGCGGGUGUCGGCUGCAACAGCUCUGCUGGAGGAGCUGCGAGGGAUGAGAGAAGAACGGAGCAAGCAGUUCUCCGACAUCCGGUCGGAGAUCGAGAAGAUCACCUCUGAAAUCUCAGGAAAAAGCCACAGCGGCUACGACAGCUCCCCCCGGGCCGGCGACGGCCAUGACCUGACCGUCCGGAGGCUGAACGAGUAUAGGGCCCGCCUGUCGAACCUCCAGAAAGAGAAGUCGGAGCGGCUGCACAAGGUCCUGGAGCACGUGACGGAGGUGCACUCCCUGUGCGACGUGCUGGGGGAGGACUUCAUCGCGAUCGUGAACGAGGUCCACCCGGGCCUGCACGAGGCGGACCCAGGAAAGCCCACCAGCAUCAGCGACAGCACGCUCACGAGCCUGGCCCAGGUGGUGGCCAUGCUGGGCUCCGAGCGGGCCAAGCGGGCCGCCAUGCUGCGGGACGCCGUGGCGCCGCUGGUGGAGCUGUGGGAGCUGAUGGACUCUCCCGAGGAGGAGCGCCGGGGGUUCCGGAAGGCCGCGGCCGUCAUGAGGAAGGAGGAGCUGCAGUCCCUGUCUUCCGGCGUGCUGUCCAUGGCGACGAUCAAGAAGACGGAGGAGGAAGUCGAGCGGCUCACGAGGCUCAAGGCCGGCCGGAUGAAGGAGCUCGUGCUGAAACGGAGGCUGGAGCUGGAGAACAUCUGCCGCAGCAUGCACGUCGAGCCCGACGCCAGCACCGUGCCCGAGAAGUCCAUCGCGCUCAUCGAUUCCGGCCUUGUGAACCCCUCGGAGCUCAUGGCAAGCAUCGACGAGCAGAUCGCCAAGGCCAAGGAGGAGCUGCUGUCCAGGAAGGACAUCAUGGAGAAGAUCAACAAGUGGCUGCUGGCCUGCGACGAAGAGAAAUGGCUCGAGGAGCACAACUUGGAUGAGAACAGAUUCAGUACUGGCAGGACUGCACGUCUGAACCUGAAACGCGCCGAGAAAGCGAGGGUUGUCAUCAUGAAGAUCCCAGCUGUUGUUGAUAACUUGAUGAGUCGGACACUGGCAUGGGAGAGCGAAAGGAAGAAGCCUUUUCUGUACGAUGGGGCUCGCCUUGUCGCCGUGCUGGAAGAGCACAAGCAAGCCAGGCUGAGGCAGGAAGAGGAGAGGAGGCGACUCCGGGAGCAGAAGAAGCUGCGCACUCUGUUCAGCGAGAAGGAGACGAUGCCUCGCCUGAAGCGGCCCGGCAGCAGCAGCAGCAGCAGCGCCGGCUUCAGCAGGACGCCGGAGCCGGGGUACAUGAGCCGGAAGAGGGUCGACGGCGGCAGGCUGACGUGCUCCGCGCCGUCCAUGCGCAGCAGCAGCAGCAGCGGGUCCAGCUGCAACGCCGGCGAGCUCGUCAGGCCGCGGUCGUCGGCGUCGGGCGCCGCGAGGCGGAUCUCCUUGGGAGCGGCGUUCAACUACGCCGCCGCCGCCGUGUCGUCCAAGGCGGGCAGCAUGUCUUCCUCGCUGGCGUCCAUGUCCUGAUUCCUGAACUACUCACGGUGAAGCCGCAUCUCAGCUGCUGCUGCUGCUUCUUCUCGCCGGCCUCUGCUCAUUUUUCGGUCUUCCUAUUUGUCGUUCUUUUACAGGGGAGUAAUCGUUUAGGAUGAUGCAGGACGGAAAAUUCGUUUGUUGUCUACGUGUAAUUCAACGAUGCUUUUGUAAUCGAGUGUUGUUUGUGCAACCCAUGUUCUUUUUAUCACGGAGUAUCCGUAUGUAAAUAGUUUAUCGACACGAUUAUAAUGUCGGAUCAAUUUCUUUCCCCGA